AUGCGAUGCGGAUUACAGAAGCAUACAGAUUAUCGCGGGAUCGGAUUAUCGCGACACUACUGUUCCCUAAGUUUCUUCAGCGUCCCGCUCGGAUGUUUCGCAUCGCGCAUAGCCACAAAACCAUUUGGAAGAAUUAGAUCCAUGCAGUUGAUAUCCUGUUUAUUCUUUGGAGCUUUCCUAAUAUUUUAUUUUGCUUCACAAGCCUGGCACGUAUUUUUAGGCUUAUUUUUAACAGGAUUUACUGGAGGACUUUUGGAAGCACCAACACUAAUAUAUGCAGUUGAAAUAACUGAACCAGGACUACGAGGUGCUCUGAUCUCAACUACAAAUUUAGCUGUUUGCUUAGGAAUUCUGCAAUCUUUUAUUUUAGGUUCUAUUUUUCCAUGGAGAACCAUGGCACUGAUAAAUAGCUCAUUUCCCUUGGCAACAGUGUUUUUGUUGUUUCUUAUACCAGAACCAGCUCAGUGGUUAAUUAGAAGUGGGAAUUUCGAUAAGGCCAGGAAAAAUUUGGCUUGGUUGAGAGGCUGGACUACAAUUAGAAAUAUUGAGAAGGAGUUUCAAAUAAUGGUAGAUGAAAUUGAGAAAAAAAAAUUAGAAAAAAAACAAACUAUCAUCGAAUCGGCAAAAUCCUUUUUACGACCGACAUUUUUAAAACCAUUUGGUCUUAUAUGCUUAGCAUCUCUUCUGUCAAGUUUUGGUUUGUUCCAUACUGCAUACGCAGUCAACUCGUUCGAGCUUCUACACGCUCCAAUUAACUCCUAUCACGCGACAAUCCUACUAGGAGCUUUACAGCUAUUAGGAAGCAUUUUGCUCAUGAUCUUAGUCAGAUUUCUAGGCAAACGUUUACUUUUGUUUAUAUCGCAAUCAAUAAUUUUUGUUGGAUUUUUAUUUGCUGGAAUUUACGCUUAUAGCGCUGGAGCUAACUAUUUCGACUCAGCUAGUAACAAUCUGAACGAAGCCAUUGUUAACAAGUACAGUUGGGUGCCGUUAACUUGCAUUGCAGCUACCAACUUCUGUAGCUUUUUAAUGCCUAUAACAUUACCAUUUAUGCUUAUGGGCGAACUAUAUCCAAACGAUAUUAGGGACGCUGCUGCUGGGAUGAGCGCAGCGGCUGGAUACUACAUAGGUUUUCUGGUUAAUAAAACAUUUUUGACUCUAGUAAACGUGGCGACCUUAGCGGGAGUUUUUUGGAUUAAUAGCUGUGUAACCCUAAUUGGGAUUCUGCUAAUGUAUUUUCUGUUGCCUGAAACUGAGGGAAAAAAUUUGCAUGAAAUAACUGAACAUUAUGCUGGAAGAAGGAAGCUGACUAAUAAUGUUAGAAGGAAAGGGGGACUAGAUAAUGAAGGGUUUGAAGGUGAUGAUGAAAGUAAACUUUGA